GUACGCAGCUGGAGCCAACAGGAAGGCUUCCGGCUUCUGGCCUUGGCGUGCCCAUUGUCUCUGGCUGCCCUCAGAGCUCCCGGUGUUGUUUUCACUGCUCUGUGGCGUCUGCUCCUAGAGGCCCAGCCUCGGUGGCCCUGUGACCUGCAGGUAUUGGGAGAGCCACAGCUAAGACGCUGGGACCCCCUGAAAGCCUAGAAAUGGGACCAUUACAAUUUAGAGAUGUGGCCAUAGAAUUCUCACUGGAGGAGUGGCAUUGCCUGGACACUGCACAGCGGAAUUUAUAUAGGGACGUGAUGUUAGAGAACUACAGAAACCUGGUCUUCCUUGGUAUUGUUGUCUCUAAACCAGACCUGAUCACCUGUCUGGAGCAAGGAAAAAAACCUUUAACUAUGAAGAGACAUGAGAUGAUUGCCAAACCCCCAGUUAUGUGUUCUCAUUUUGCCCAAGACGUUUGGUCAGAGCAGAGCAUAAAAGAUUCUUUCCAAAAAGUGAUACUAAGAAGAUAUGAAAAAUGUGGACAUGACAAUUUACAGUUAAAAAAAAGCUGUGAAAGUGUAGAUGAGUGUCCGGUACACAAAAGAGGUUAUAAUGGACUUAAACAAUGUUUGACAACCACCCAGAGAAAAAUAUUUCAUUGUGAUGAAUAUGUGAAAUUCUUGCCUAAAUUUUCAAAUUCAAACAGACAUAAGAUAAGAGAUACUGGAAAAAAACCUUUUAAAUGUAUAGAAUAUGGGAAAGCUUUUAACCAGUCUUCAACCCAUACUACAUAUAAGAAAAUUGAUACUGGAGAGAAACGCUACAAAUGUGAAGAAUGUGGUAGAGCCUAUAAGCAGUCCUCACACCUUACUACACAUAAGAAAAGUCAUACUGGAGAGAAGCCCUACAAAUGUGAAGAAUGUGGCAAAGCCUAUAAGCAGUCCUGUAACCUUACUACACAUAAGAUAAUUCAUACUGGAGAGAAACCCUACAGAUGUAGAGAAUGUGGCAAAGCUUUUAACCACCCCGCAACCCUUUUUUCACAUAAGAAAAUUCAUACUGGAGAGAAACCAUACAAGUGUGAUAAAUGUGGCAAAGCCUUUAUUUCAUCCUCAACCCUUACUAAACAUGAGAUAAUUCAUACUGGGGAGAAACCCUACAAAUGUGAGGAAUGUGGCAAAGCUUUUAACCGUUCCUCAAACCUUACUAAACAUAAGAGAAUUCAUACUGGAGAUGUACCCUACAAAUGUGAUGAAUGUGGCAAAACCUUUACUUGGUACUCAAGCCUCUCUAAACAUAGGAGAGCUCAUACUGGAGAGAAACCCUAUAAGUGUGAAGAAUGUGGCAAAGCCUUUACUGCAUUCUCAACUCUAACUGAACAUAAGAUAAUUCAUACUGGAGAGAAACCUUACAAAUGUGAAAAAUGUGGCAAAGCUUUUAACUGGUCCUCAGCCCUUAAUAAACAUAAGAAAAUUCAUAUUAGAAACCCUACAUAGCAAAGAAUGUGGAAAAUCUUUUAAAUGUUCCUCAACCCUUAAUAAGCAUAAGAUAAUUCAUACUGGAGAGAAACCCUAUGAAUGUGAUGAAUGUGGGAAAGCCUUUAACCAGCCCUCGACUCUGACUAUGAGAAUUUAUAUGGAACAUAAACCUUACAAAUAUAAAGAAUGUUACAAAGCUUUUUAAGGAAGUUCUCAACCCUUAUUACACAUAAUUUAUACUGGACAGAAACGCUGCAAGUUUGAGUUUCACUCUUGUCACCCAGGCUGGAGUGCAAUGGCACGAUCUUGGCUCAUGGCAACUUCUGCCUCCUGGGUUCAAGCCAUUCUCCUGCCUCAGCCUGC